AUGUGGGUGGAAGUGAAAGCUAUAGCUGCAAUGCUGGUGGUUCAGUUUAUGUUUGCAGGAAUGUUCGUUUUGUUUAAGAUAACAGCACAUGAUGGUACAAAUCUCAAAAUUCUUGUGGCUUAUCGUCUCUGUCUCGCUACUCUUGCCAUGUUUUCCCUCGCCCUCAUCUUCCAAAGGGCGGCGUUACCAAUGAGUUUCUAUUUGCCGGGUUUGGCACUAACAUCAGCUACAUUUUCGACUGCGGCCGGUAUCCUUGGUCCGUUGAUCACCUUGGUACUGGCCUUGAUUUUUAGGAUGGAGACUCUACUGCUGGGGUCGAACGUAGGGAAGGCUAAGUUGAUGGGGACGCUGCUUGGUGCCGGUGGGGCCCUCGUCUUUGUAUUAUACAAAGGUGUUGAGAUUCAUAUCUGGUCAACACACGUUGACUUACUUAAAAGCUCGAAUACUCAUCAAUCAAAUGGCCAAGCCACUUCGAACCAGCACAUGUCAAUCCCUGGGGUUCUUAUGGUUCUCGGUUGUAACGUUUCCAACUCGCUUUGGUUACUAUUUCAGACAAAAGUAGGAAAGCAAUUUGGAGGAAACUAUUGGAACAUAGGUCUGACGAAUGGGAUGGGAAGCUUGGUGUGCUUGGUUUUCGCUCUCUGGUCGGAGCAUGACUGGAAGCAAUGGCGUUUAGGAUGGAACAUUAGCCUCCUAACUACCAUUUAUGCGGGACUCGUCGUUUCAGGAAUGGCCAUGCCUCUUAUUGCGUGGUGCGUUGAAACAAAAGGAGCGUUAUAUGUUACGGUGUUUAGCCCUGUAUGUCUAGUGAUCGUUGCCCUCUUCGGAUCAUUUGCUUUAGAGGAAGCUCUUCAUUUAGGAAGUAUAAUCGGUGCAAUGAUAAUGGUGGGAGGAGUAUACCUGGUGGUGUGGUGUAAAAUGAAGGAAACGACUUUGGACAAUAUUGAAAUGGAUAAGAAUAUCAAAGAAGUGAACCUCGGCAAUAUAUCAGCAGUAAAUGAUAGAGAUAUCCCAUGA